AUGAAAGUAAACAUAUUUGAUAGUAAGAAAAAAAAUAAUAACAGGAAAAGGAAUAUCAUAAGAUCUGCUAAAUGGAACACCAAGAAUAACAACAUAGAAUUAUCUAAGAAAAAAGAUUCAAGUAAUAAAUAUAAAAGUAUUUUGAAGUAUUAUAAAAAUGAAAAUAAAACAAAUAAAUUUAUUGAUAAAAGGAAAAAAAAUAAAUGGUUUCAUAAAAAUAGGAAACUUGAAAAGAAAAAUAUUUUUAAUUUAAAUGAUGAUCUUUUAUUUAAAUCAAGACAUAUAAGUACAAAUGAUUUUAUACAUUCUGAUAAUUCGGUAAAUGAAAAUGAUCAAGAAAAUUUGAAUGAUAAUAAAAUAAAAAGGAAUAAGAAAUAUAAUGCUAUGUUGGAUAAAAUUGAAGAAAAAAAAAUAUGGAAAUUAAAAAAAUAUGAAAUAAAAGAAAAAUUACGUAAAUUUGAUGAACAUUUUGAUGAAAUUCAAAAAAAUGUUCUUGGUCUAAAUGGAACUAAAUGUGGAGCAACAAAUGGUGUUGUUAUAGAAAAUAAGAAGAAUAAAUUAAACAAGUUUACUCAUGCAUCGAGAGAGAAACACGAUUUAAAGAUUGAUGCUUCAAAUAAAAGGGGAGGCACCGAAAAAGGAAAACAAAAUUGUUAUGAUUAUGAUGAAGAUGAAGAAGAAGAUUAUGAUGAUGAUGAAGAUGUAGAAGAAGAUUAUGAUGAUGAUGAAGAUAAUGGUGAUGAAGAUGAUGGUGAUGAAGAUGAUGAUGACGAUGAUGAUGAUAACGAUGAUGAUGAAAACGAUGAACAAUUAGAUGGUGAAAACGAUGAACAAUUAGAUGGUGAAAACGAUGAACAAUUAGAUGGUGAAGACGAUGAACAAUUAGAUGGUGAAAACGAUGAACAAUUAGAUGAUGAAGAAGAAGAAUCUGAUGAUAAUCAAAAUAUAUAUUCACAUGAUAAUCAAAUGUUAAACCAUGACAAGAAUGAACAUAAAAGUAAUUAUAUCAAAACAAACAAUGACUCACAAGAUGAAUUAACAAAUUAUAAUAGUUAUCAUACUGAUAAUAGUGAUAAUGAAGAAAUUAAUAAAUUAUUUAAUAAAGAAACAUUACCUUCCAAAAAAAAAGUGUCCAAUGAAAAUAUAUCAAAAGAGAAAUUAAAUGAAUUAUUGGAAAAAUAUAAAAUUGGUGAUAAUAUAAAUAUAUGUAAUUAUUUUAUUAAUAAUACAGAAGAAGAAAAAGAAAAUAUACCUAUAUAUAUAUAUAUAAAGAAUAAAGAAUAUGAUAUAAAAGAUGUAAUAUUAUUACUUGAUGAUUAUAAUUUUGAAACUCAAGAAAAAAUUUUAUACAGAAUAUAUUAUAUAAAUAUGUUUAAUACAAAAGCGACGAAAAGUAUAUAUCACUUUUCUUUUUUUUUCUCAUUAAUUGAUUAUUUCAUAUUAAGUAUAUAUAAAUGUUUAAAAUAUAAUAUGAAAGUAUGUGAACUAUUAGGAUGUUAUGAAGAUAUAAUUGUAAAAUAUUGUCAUGAAAUGAAAGCUGAAUUUUAUUUAUAUAUAUCUUUUUUACUUUUAAUUGUAUUCUCUAAAAUUCAAAGAAAAGUAAAAACAAAUAUUUUCUUUAAGAAUAAGAAAAAAGUGUUACAAGAUUAUGUAAUAUUAAAUGAGCAUAAUGCAAAUAAGAAAAUUGAUGUAUAUAUAUAUAGAAGAAUAUUAAAAGGUGUUGAUAUGUUUACUACUAUAUUUGAAAAUUAUAAUAAUGAAAAUAUAUAUAUUUCAAAUAUUCAUUUUGCUAUAUUAUUUUUAACAUUAACCGUUUAUCCAAUAAAUAAUUUUAUUGAUGAUAAUAAUAUGUCUUAUGUAGCAGAGAAUAAAAUAUUGGAUAAUGAAAAUGAUGUAAUAAUAAAUAAUAAUUAUUUUUUAGAUAUUAAUAAAAAUAAUAUAAGUGAUGAGAAAUUAUUAUAUAAAAUGAAUUACUUAAAAGAAGAUAUAAAUAAUAUAAACAAUAUAAAUAAUUAUAAUGAACAAAAACAUCCAAUUAUAUGUUAUAUUAUAGAAAUAUUGGAAUUCUUGUUUUAUAAUUAUUUUUAUACAAACAAUGCUAAUUUAUUACAUUUAAAGGAUUAUCAAAAAUAUGAUUGGGUAUUUCAUAUUAGUACGUAUGAAAAUCAUGAUAAUAUCGAAGUAUCUUUAAAAAACCUGGAGGUACACUAUUCAUUUAGUUGUUUUGAAAAUCUUAUAUGUGAUAAGAAUAAGGAAAGUAAAGAUUUUGAUCAUAAUGAAAUAAAUAAUCAAAUUGUUAAUGAUCUUGGUAUAUUUUAUAAGAAAAAAGAAUUCAAAAAUGCAAUGAUAUUAUUAAACUUGUAUAAUAUUAUUAUGGAAAAUACUUUAGAAUAUAAUCCUAGCUUUUUUUAUUUGUCCUUUAAAAUAUUAAACACCUUGUUGUAUAAUCAUAUAACAAGUCUUAAAGAGGACAUCAUUGACAAAAAUAUAAAACCCAAUGCAUUUGAAAAGGAAAAACAAAAAAGCCAAAAUAAUAACAUCAACAACAACACCAACAACACCAACAACAAUAAUAAUAAUAUGUAUGACAAAUUUGAUUUAUCUUUUAUUAUUUUUAAAAACAUAUUUUUCUUUUUGAAAAUUUAUAUAGAUAAUGAUAUUAAUAUAUACAUAUUAAUAAACCAUGUUAUUAUUCCAAGUUUGUUUUAUCUAUAUAUGAAUUUCUUAAAAUUUAUAGUCACAAAUAAUAUUAAAUUAGAUUUUAUAAAUAUUAUUAAUAUUACUAAAAAUAUUAAUAUUAAAGAUGGAAAUGAUUUCUCAUUUGAAUACGAAAAAACAUAUGAACUGUAUGAAAAAUAUUUAAUUAUAUUAUUAUAUAUAUUUAAAUUAAUUGAAUAUUCACAACAUCAGGAUAUCAAACCAAUCAUACAUAAAAAUACAACACAAGGGAAUAUUUCUUUCUUUACACCCAAAUAUGCAAAUAACCAAAAUCCAAAAGAUUUUAUUUUUAUGCAAAAUAAUCAAACCAAAUUAGCUGAAAUGAAAAGUAUUAAAAAAAAAAUCAAGCAACAGAGAAAGUUUGAUUAUAACGAGAUGAGGAAGGAGAAUAAUUAUAUCUUGGCUCUAAAAGCUAAAGAUGAACGAGACAGGAAAAGAAGAAACCAAGAAAAAUACAAGAAAAUUAAAAUGAUGGCACAAAAAGAUGUAGAAGAAUAUAACAAAAUGAAAACAUAUACACAUUAA